AUGAGCCUUUCAAGUGAUGGUGGUGAAACGCUACGGGCACGACAAAUAGGCGCUCUUCGACAACUUGUGAAUUUAAACGAGCCGGCUAUCAACACAAUGGUUUCGGAGCCUGUCUGGAAGGUUUUGAUUAUGGAUAAAUUUGGCCAAGAAAUAAUUUCGCCGCUCCUACCCGUAAAACAACUACGAGAACUUGGUGUCACAUUGCACAUGUUGGUUGGCUCCAAACGUGAACCAUUGCCCGACGUGCCAGCUGUUUACUUUGUCGCCCCAAAUGAUGAAAACGUGGAACUUCUCUGCAAUGACCUGAAGCUGGGAUUGUAUGAAAACUUUUAUCUCAAUUUUAUUUCUCCAUUAUCCCGACCACGACUAGAAAUUCUUGCAACGGCGGCGGUCAAUGGCGGAGCGAUCUCUCAAGUACAAAAGGUAGUUGACCAGUAUUUAAAUUUCAUUUCUCUGGAAGACGAUCUCUUUGUAUUGAAAAGAUACUCUGAAGCAAGUCCUAUGUCUUAUUAUGCAAUCAAUGAUCCUUCAACAUCCGACACUCAAAUGGAAUCUAUGAUUGAAUCGAUCGCGGAUGGUCUCUUUUCGAUGUGUGCUACUCUUGGUUUGGUGCCAGUGAUUCGUGCUCCCAAAGACAAUGCUGCGGAACAAAUUGCAAUUAGGCUUGAUCAGAAACUCCGGGACAACUUACGGGAUGCACGCAAUAAUCUCUUCGCCUUUGAAAGUGUUCGAGCUGGGCAGCUUAACAGCUCUCGUCCUGUACUAAUCAUUGCCGAUAGAUCUGCGGAUUUGGCAACAAUGCUUCAUCACACUUGGACGUAUCAAGCUUUGGUUCAUGAUGUACUUGGACUUGAUCAGAAUCGAGUCAGCAUGCCAGACAAGGGCAAGAAGGUGGACUAUGAUUUGCAUUGUGGACACGAUCGUCUUUGGACACAGCAUAAGGGAAGUGCCUUUCCGCUAGUCGCUGAGGCCAUUCAAGGAGAUUUGGAGACCUAUCGUAGCUCAAAGGAUGAAAUAGAAAAGAUGCGACAUGCUAUGGGCAUGGAUGGAACAGAUGCUGAUGCAGCAAUGUCUUCAUUACUUAUCGAUACAACUUCAAAGCUCGGCUCAACCGUUACAUCUUUGCCUCAAUUGUUAGAGCAAAAGAGAUUAAUUGAUCUGCACACGAACAUUGCUUCAACUCUUUUAGAAGCUAUAAAAGUGCGCAAACUGGAUGUACUAUUUGAAUUGGAGCAAAAACUGUUACAAAAAGGCUCUCUCGAUGCACCACUGUCGUCGCUUCUAUCAGAAAUCACAGACAAAGAUGAUAUGCUGCGAAUUGUUUUGAUUCACUACCUCUCAAGCGAUCAGAUUUCUAAAUCUGAAGUCGAGGAGUUGCGAAACUUAUUAAACAAUAGCAAUGCUGAUGGCUCGGCCUUAAAAUUUGUUGAAAAAUUAAGAUCAAUUUCUAAUUUGGGUCGUGGAUUGAUUCGUGAAGAUCACAGUGGUGCUGGAACGAAAACGGUAAGCAUGUUCGGGAAGUUGCUUGACAAAAGCAGCAAGUUCGUCAUGGAAGGGGUGAAAAAUCUCGUACCUCGCAAGCAUAAUCUUCCACUCACAAAGUUGGUGGAUUCGGUUUGUACUCCUCCAUCGUCGUCGGUAGUAGGAAUGAGUUCGAUGGCAAGCAAUCAAACACAAACCGAAGAUAAUUUGCGCUAUUUCGAUCCGAAAAUGAUGCAUCAGCCAAGCAAAGAAUCGAUGAAAUUGCGACCUCAUCUCCCGGCGGAUGUCAUUCUUUUCGUGGUGGGAGGAGGAAAUUACGUGGAGUAUGAAAAUCUUGUUGAAUGGGGACACGACAAAGGAGUUCAACGUGUGACUUAUGGUUGCACCGAACUUGUUAGCCCAUCGCAGUUUAUCGAGCAGCUUUCACGGCUUGGUGGACAACUC